ACUCAGUGUGUGUACUACAUAACAUAUACUUCACGCCAUAAGAGAUCCCAAAUAUGUCUUACUUUUAGUAUGUCCAGUGUGAAGUAUAUCUGUGUUAAAAAUGGAAAAAAAAAGAUAAGGAAAAGGAAAAAAGCAUUGACCAAUUGAAAGAAUUUAGUUCAGUGUGUCUGUCUGUCUAUCUAUCUGUCCGUCUAUCUUCCAAUCAUGCACACAUACCUACCUACCUACCUACCGUUAUUAUAAUAUGUGUGCGUGUUGCCCUUGUAGACAAUCAAAAUUGAUUUCAAGAUAGAUUGAAAGAUAGGCUGCCAAUAGACAGACGGAAGUUAAAAAUAUCCAUCCCUAUAUUAUCAAAAAUUGUAAGAGCAACAUUAACAAUACAAACAAAUAUACAUUAGAUUGACACCGUUGAUACAAAGUAAUAUAGCUUGUUACUGUGAUAGAUAGAAAUCAGUAGUAAAUAUCUAUUACACAAUACACUCUCCAAGAAAUAUACUUUAUAUUCAUUCAAGUAAGCAAAGGAAUAUUGAGUAAAAAGAGGAUUUACGGAAAAAGAGUAAUUCAAUGGAUUAUAUCUAAUUAUAAUUUUUUACUUUCAAAUUGUGAUAAAUAAAAAGGAAACUUUCAAUUUUUCCUUGUUUCAUGGGCUAAAUAAACAUUAUUAUUACAUAAAACAAAAACGAAACAAAAAAUUUGUGAUUUUUAGGAUUUACUAGUAACAAUACAAUCAAUACCUAAUAAGUAUUUCACUUUUUUUAAAAUAUAAUCUAUGUAGACAAAUUUUUUUCAAGCUUCAUUGUGUUCGUGGAUUUUAAGUAACACACAUAAGCGUAACACAGUUGUGUAUCCAUUGGAUGAGUAUAUGUAUAUGGAAUCUAAGUGUUUAAAAUGUCUUUUGACCAAUUGUUCACAUGCCCAAUUUAUCAGGAACAGCAUCCAGUUUACUGUUACCUUACAACAAUUCAACUGAUUGGGAUAGAAGCAGAAUAAACUGCAACCUGGAAGACGAACAAGAAAUUAAUCAUUUUACUACAGAUGAAAUAUUUCAGCCAGUUACAGAUUCAGCCAUAGAGACAGAAAGACUUGUCAUCAAUGUAAGCGGUUUACGUUUUGAAACACAAGUACGAACUGUAAGUCAAUUUCCCGAUACCUUAUUAGGUAAUCCAAAUAAACGUAACCAUUAUUAUGAUCCAUUAAGAAAUGAAUAUUUUUUCGACAGAAAUCGAUCAAGUUUUGAUGGUAUCUUAUAUUUUUAUCAAAGUGGUGGUCGACUUCGACGACCAGUUAAUGUACCUAUUGAUGUAUUCAAUGAAGAAAUAAAAUUCUAUGAACUUGGUGAUGAAGCAUUAGCUAAAUAUCGUGAAGAAGAAGGAUUCAUAAAAGAAGAACCAAAAGAAUUACCAAGAAAUCGUUUUCAGCGUAAAGUAUGGCUAUUGUUUGAAUACCCAGAAAGUUCAUUAGCUGCACGUAUAUUGGCUAUCGGUUCAGUAUUUGUAAUACUUUUGUCGAUUAUAAUUUUUUGUCUAGAAACUUUACCACAUUUUCGUAGAUACAGAAUAAUGAAUCAUUUCAACUCGACAAUUUAUGAUGAAGAAGUCAUUUUAGUAGAGGAUGAUUUACCGACUAUUGAUCAACCUUUUUUUAUUAUUGAAACUUUUUGUAUAGUUUGGUUCAGUGGUGAAUUGUUGAUACGUUUUGCAUCAUCGCCAAAAAAGUUGGCAUUUUUUAAAGUUAUCAUGAAUGUCAUCGAUGUUGUUUCUAUUAUCCCUUACUUCAUUACUGUUGGUGCUGUUAUUAUUGAUGAUCCAAAACAACGUAACCAGACUACAUCAUUAGCUGUCUUAAGAGUGAUUCGUCUUGUUCGUGUUUUUCGCAUAUUCAAGCUAUCAAGACAUUCGAAAGGAUUACAAAUUUUAGGACAAACAUUGAGAGCAAGUGUUCGAGAACUAGGCCUGCUUGUCUUCUUCUUGCUUAUCUGUGUUAUCCUUUUUUCAUCAGCUGUUUAUUUUGCUGAAGCUGAUGAUGACACUUCAUUAUUUCGCAGUAUACCAGAUGGAUUUUGGUGGGCAGUUGUAACAAUGACCACAGUGGGUUAUGGUGAUAUGCGUCCUGUGACCGUGUGUGGAAAAUUGAUUGGCUCUUUGUGUGCUAUCGCUGGUGUAUUAACAAUCGCAUUACCUGUACCGGUUAUUGUAUCAAACUUUAACUAUUUUUAUCAUCGUGAAACUGAAUCCGAUGAAAAUUCUCAUUCUGUAACUUCGUCAAUGGAAUGUGAUAAUGACGCCGAUGAUGAUGAUGAUGAUGACGGUGAUGAUGAAGAAAAGCAGAAACAUACAAGAUUUCAGAAUAUCUCCCAUCAUCAUAUGAAUAAUAAAUCGCACAAAACAGUUAUUCAUAAGGACAGUAAUAUAAGUACUCAGUAUGAUGUAACAUCAUUACCACCACCACCACAUGUUGCCUUGAAACAAAAUUCUAUUUCACCAAAAAAGUCAACACCAUCAACAUUUUUCUAGUCAUAACACAAAAAGCACAUGAUCAAACUUAUUUUCUAAAUUAUCUGCCAUCUGUAAUACUAUUCGUUUUUUUUAAACUUUAGAUAUUAUGCUCAAAGACUGAAACGCAUGCAAAACAUUGUUUAAGUGUUUAAUUUAUUAAAUAUAUUUCAUCUUCAGAAAACACCUUUGCAUUCUGAAGUGAUGACGACUGUAAAACUGAUUGCAGGUAUCUUAUGGCUGAAAUAUUUUACUACCUUCCUUGGUAUUGAACACGUGUGUAUACUAGUAAAAAAAAGAACAGCCACUUACAAUGAGUGGUAAUAGACAGGCGAUAUAUACUCUGGAACUAAGAUCACCAAGACCGGUCGACUGAUGCAUAUUGAAGGCAGUAAUUUCUAACAUUUCUAAUUCUUGUAUCAAUGAUUACCAAGCACAAACAUAUAUAUAUAUAUAUAUAUAUAUAUAUAUAUAUAUUCAAAACAAAUAUUUUUAUUAUAACACUUAAUUCAUUAGAGUCCGUUUAUUAAAUCUAUUCUUUUCGCUUCUCCUCGAUUCCUCACGUCGAAGGACAGUAAUAAAGACACCAAUGGUUUGGUUUUCUUUGUUUAUAGACAAAUUUUUAAUGUUUAAAAAAAAACGGAGUUUUGUCAAACACACACGCACACAUCCACACACACACACACACAGAGCAAAUAAAAAGUAAGGCAUCUGUAAAAAUCGCUCUCAUUUUGAGGUAAGUCCUACUUAGACAAAAAAAACUUUCUAUUGACUCUUGUAUCCCUAUACAUAUAUAUAUAUAUAUAUAUAUAU